UUAUUAUAAUUCAUUCGUGGCAAAUUCCGCACGUGCCUUUGAUUGGAGAGGGUGUCACCGACCUUUCUCUUUCUCUACGGCAAAAUCAUCGUGAAUCGCCGUUGGCGUGGUCGUAGAUAAUUUGGGGUUCCUUUCCAAUUCCAUAUUGCGAGACCGAAUUCGUGCUUGGGUUCUGUUUGGGAUGACGAGCUAGCUGAUGGAGGAGUCCUGUAAGAUAUUUAAGAUAUGUGAAAACUAAAGAUGAAACUGCAAGCACAUAUUCCGGGGGAGAUGUCAGGACAGGUACCUAAUCAACCAGGGUCUCAGUUGUCUGGACUGACCCAGCUGAAUGGGAAUGCACUCGCUCAUCAGAUGCCACCUUUAGGGGGUGUUCCCCGGUCAACAAUUAAUAUGGAUUCUGAAUUUCCUAGAGCUCGCACUAUUAUUCAAGAGGAGAUAUUUGGUACGUUGUUGCGAAAACAACAGCAGCCAGUUACAGAUGUACAGAGAAAGAAGCUUAAGGAUCUUGCAAAGCGCUUGGAGGAGGGCAUGUUAAAAGCUGCUCGAUCUAAGGAGGAUUACAUGAACUUGGAUACUUUGGAGAGUCGAUUAUCAAAUUUCCUCCUACGAGCAUCUAUGAAUAAUAAAAACCAACACUAUCCGCAACUUGUUAACUCUUCUCCAAUCAGUACAAUGAUACCAACCCCUGGUAUGUCACAUGCUCCAAAUUCAAGCAUGAUGGUUGCAUCUUCUGUGGAUGCCUCGAUGAUUUAUGCCAGCGGGUGUAAUAGCAUAGCAUCAACAUCUUUCAAUAGUGUAAACAUGUUACCAGCUGGUGGCAUGCUUGGCAGUACCUUAAAUAGAUUUGAUGGUUUGUCUAAUGGUUAUCAGCAGUCUUCUACCAGCUUUUCUGUUGCCUCAGGGUCGAACAUUUCAUCAAUGGGGGUGCAGAGAAUGGCUAGCCAGAUGAUUCCCACUCCUGGAUUCUCAGUCAGCAGCAGUCACUCACACAUGAACAUAGAUUCUAAUACUAAUGGAGGUGCAUUUUCCAGUGUAGAUUCUACCAUGGUACCAUUGUCACAACUUCAGCAGCAGAAGCAGAUUGUUGGUGGCCAAAAUAGUCAUGCAUUGCAGAAUCUCAACAGUCAAAUGGGUAUUGGAAUGAGAUCUGGUUUAUUACAGAAGCCAUUUACAAACUCAAAUGGUGCUAUAAAUAGUGGAUCAGGCUUGAUUGGAAACAAUAUACAGGUUGCAAACGAACCUGGCACUUCUUCUGACAGCUAUGCCUCCACUUAUGCCAAUUCCCCUAAACACUUGCACCAGCACUUUGAUCAAAGUCAGAAACCGGUUGUGCAAGAAAGAAUAACGAUAUUAUUAUCAGGUGAUGGAUAUGGAUUAAACAAUGUUGACAGUUUUCCUUCUGGAAACUGUUAUACAUCUGCGACAUCCUCUGGGCCCAUGAUGAACAAUCAGAACACUAGUUCUGUUAAAAUACCAUCUAUGCCUAAAACUAGCACAUUGUUAAGUGGUCACUCGAACUUGCAUGGUAUGCAGCAGGCUGCUCAUAUAAAGUCUCAACAAGUUAACCAGUUAGAAAAGUUGAAUUUUCAGUCUUCAUUGACUUCAAGAGAUGGCUUUCUGCAUUCUCAACAGCAAUAUCAGCAAAGGUCUCAACAAUUGCAACAGCCAGAUCAGUAUGCGCAGCAGCAAUUUCAAUCUAUGCAAAAUCAGCAUGUGGUCAACAGUGACACUUUCAGUCAGUCUCAGCUUUCUCCCAAUCUAGAAAAUCGAGUGAAACCUGAGCCUGGAAUUGAACACCGCAAAGAAGUGCUCAACUCUCGUGUCUCUGAACCGUUUCAUAUAUCUGAGAUGCAGAGUCCGUUCCAGCAGAACUCAUCUGAAGAUUGCUCUAGGGUUGCUCAACAUCUUCCAUUUCCAUCUGGUCACCAUGAUUUAUCAUCAUCAACACCUCAAAAUUCACAACAAAUGUUGCACCAACAUCAAUUGGCUGCAGAGUCUCAAAAUAACUUUAGCGUCGGGGUGCAAUCCAAAUCUGUGAUUCUAAACCAUUGGCCUCAGUCACAAGAUCCUGACAGUAUUUCACAUGAUCAACAUCUCCACGUGGAUUUUCAUCAAAGAAUAUCUGGACAAGAUGAAGCUCAAUGCAAUAGUUUAUCAUCAGAUGGAUCUAUUAUAGUUAGAAAUGUUCUUUCUAGAGGCUUGGCUGAGCAGCUGGAAUCUGGAAUUGCUACAAAUAAGGCACACAGGAAUCAACAGAGGUGGCUUUUAUUUCUACUUCAUGCUAAGCGAUGUUCUGCCCCUGAAGGACGAUGUAAAGAGAAGUUUUGUUCUGCUGCACAGAUGCUAUGCAAGCACAUGGAUGGAUGCAAGCUGCGCCAUUGUCCAUAUCCUCGUUGCCAUCAUACAAAGGAGUUACUUAAUCAUUUUGUAAACUGCAAGGAUCCAGGUUGUCCUGUUUGUGUUUUUGUGAGAAAGUGUCGACGUGCUUUUCAAUUGAAGCCUCAGAUUCGGCCAGAACCUGAAUCAAGCUUGCCAACUGCAGUGAAUGGAUCCUGUAGGCCUUACAGUAUUGCAGGCACAUCACCAAGAUUGAUCUCAAAGCCUCUAUUAGUUGUUGAAACUUCUGAGGACCUCCAUCCAUCUAUAAAACGUAUAAAGAUUGAGCAUUGCACCCAGGCCAUUUAUCCUGAAAAUGACCAUUCUGCUUCAUCUUUUAUUGGAAAUUGUGAAUCUCUUGUUUCUAGGGAUGCUCUGUCUCAACCGCUGCCCUAUCCAAAUGCUGAGAAGUCUAUCUCAAUUAAACCUGAGUUUCCAGAAGUUAAGGCCGAAGCUCCUGCAAAUGUGAUACAUGAAAAGCUUAGUGAGAUGCAAAUGGAUAACAAUAAUGCUGAUGAUAAAACGCCUAGUGCUGAACUUGUCAAAUAUGAAGAACCUGCUAAUUUAGCAAGCCCUGAAAAUAUAAAAACUGAGAAAGAAACUGGACAAGACCUGCAAGAAAAUGUUGUCCAGACAUCUGAAAUUCCAACUGGAACCAAGUCUGGUAAGCCAAAAAUAAAGGGAGUCUCAUUAACUGAGUUAUUUACUCCGGAGCAAGUGAGGGAGCAUAUCACUGGCUUAAGGCAAUGGGUUGGUCAGAGCAAGUCAAAAGCAGAGAAGAAUCAAGCAAUGGAGCAUUCAAUGAGUGAUAAUUCGUGUCAAUUGUGUGCUGUAGAGAAGCUUACCUUUGAACCACCACCUAUUUAUUGCACAACUUGUGGGGUUCGCAUCAAACGAAAUAAUAUGUAUUACACCACAGGCACUGGUGACACACGACAUUAUUUUUGUAUUCCAUGCUAUAAUGAUGCUCGUACAGAGAACAUAAUUGUUGAUGGGACUCCCAUUGCCAAGUCAAGAUUGGAAAAGAAGAAGAAUGAUGAGGAAACUGAAGAAUGGUGGGUUCAAUGUGAUAAAUGUGAAGCGUGGCAACAUCAAAUUUGUGCCUUAUUUAAUGGUAGAAGAAAUGAUGGUGGACAAGCUGAAUAUACUUGCCCUAACUGCUAUAUUCAGGAGGUAGAAAGAGGAGAGCGUAAGCCCUUACCCCAAAGUGCUGUCCUUGGCGCCAAGGAUUUACCAAGAACUAUUCUUAGUGAUCACAUAGAACAACGAUUAUUUAGACGGCUAAAGCAAGAAAGACUAGAAAGGGCAAGGCUUCAAGGAAAAAGUUAUGAUGAGAUUCCAGGAGCUGAUGCUCUUGUUAUAAGAGUUGUGUCAUCUGUCGACAAGAAGUUAGAAGUGAAACCACGGUUUCUGGAGAUUUUUCAGGAAGAGAAUUACCCAACAGAAUUUCCAUAUAAAUCAAAGGUAGUUUUGUUGUUUCAGAAGAUAGAAGGUGUGGAAGUUUGCCUAUUUGGCAUGUACGUUCAAGAAUUUGGAUCUGAAUGUCAAUUUCCAAAUCAGCGCCGAGUGUAUCUUUCGUAUUUGGAUUCUGUGAAGUAUUUUAGGCCUGAGGUUAAAGCAGUGACAGGAGAGGCUCUUCGUACUUUUGUUUACCAUGAAAUUCUGAUUGGAUACCUUGAAUAUUGCAAGAAACGUGGUUUUACAAGCUGCUACAUAUGGGCUUGUCCUCCAUUGAAGGGUGAAGAUUAUAUUUUGUACUGCCAUCCAGAAAUUCAGAAAACACCAAAAUCUGAUAAGCUACGUGAAUGGUAUCUAUCGAUGUUAAGAAAAGCUUCGAAGGAAAAUAUUGUGGUUGAUCUCACCAACUUAUACGACCAUUUCUUCGUAUCAGCUGGUGAAUGUAGGGCCAAGGUCACUGCUGCAAGACUCCCAUAUUUUGAUGGUGACUACUGGCCUGGGGCUGCAGAGGAUUUAAUUUAUCAGCUUCGCCAAGAGGAAGAUGGAAGAAAACAAAAUAAAAAGGGAACAACUAAAAAGACUAUAACAAAAAGGGCUUUAAAAGCAUCUGGUCAGUCAGAUCUUUCAGGAAAUGCUUCAAAGGACCUGCUCCUCAUGCACAAACUUGGUGAAACCAUUUGCCCGAUGAAGGAGGAUUUCAUUAUGGUUCAUUUGCAGCAUGCUUGUAUCAGCUGUUGUAUCUUAAUGGUUUCUGGUAACCGUUGGGUCUGCAACCAGUGCAAGAAUUAUCAGAUUUGUGAUAAGUGUUAUGAAGUAGAACAAAAGCUUGAAGAGAGAGAAAGACAUCCUAUUAAUCAGAGGGAGAAACAUACUCUUUAUCCAGUUGAAAUUACUGAUGUUCCAUCUGAUACAAAAGACAAAGAUGAUAUUCUUGAGAGCGAAUUCUUUGACACUAGACAGGCAUUUCUGAGUCUCUGCCAGGGAAACCAUUACCAGUAUGAUACACUAAGGCGGGCCAAACAUUCAUCAAUGAUGGUACUCUAUCAUCUUCACAAUCCAACAGCUCCAGCAUUUGUGACAACUUGUAAUAUAUGUUAUCUUGACAUUGAAACUGGUCAAGGAUGGCGCUGUGAAGUUUGCCCUGAGUAUGAUGUAUGCAAUGCUUGUUAUCAAAAGGAUGGAGGUAUUGAUCAUCCUCAUAAGUUGACAAAUCAUCCAUCCAUGGUGGAUCGUGAUGCUCAGAAUAAAGAAGCAAGGCAGCACCGAGUGUCGCAGCUACGAAAAAUGCUUGAUCUCCUUGUUCAUGCAUCCCAAUGUCGUUCUGCACAUUGUCAGUAUCCUAAUUGUCGCAAGGUGAAGGGGCUUUUCCGCCAUGGGAUGCACUGCAAAACACGGGCUUCUGGAGGUUGUGUUCUUUGCAAGAAAAUGUGGUAUUUGCUUCAACUUCAUGCUCGUGCUUGCAAAGAAUCUGAAUGCCACGUACCACGUUGCAGAGAUUUGAAAGAACAUUUAAGGAGGUUGCAGCAACAGUCUGAUUCACGGCGUAGAGCUGCUGUAAUGGAAAUGAUGAGACAAAGAGCUGCAGAAGUUGCUAACAAUGCUGGUUGAGCUGUUCGUACUUGUAUAUAUGUGGCACUUUUGAAGAUAUGCUCUGGACAGAGGUAUACCUUAGUUUCACCAGUGCUCCGAUAGCAGUCAUUGUUUGUGAAUGGAAUACACAGGGUGCAUGUAUGUAGCCUUGGAGGUGCGCAUGGCCAUCUCAACAUGUUUGUCCCGGUGAAGAUCUGAGUUCAGCCAAUUACUGCUUCUGUCCUCUUCUACAAAGGACUAACCAGGUCUGGCGGGAUAUUUGGCGGUGCUUCUGUUUUUGUGGGCCAAUUUGGUAAUUCUUUGAUUUUGUCAAAUUACUUGUUUUUUUAUGUUUAGAUGCCAUCCUUCGGUGGCAGGUGUACUAUAGUCUCAAUUUUCUUACAAAUGUUUGUGGGUGGGGGAUGGCAUCAAGUUGUUUUUAGUUAUAACCGUUUUAAAGAUUCAAUGCAUUUUGUAGAAUCUUAUUUAAAGAUGAAAGUAAAUAAUUAGUAUAUGCAUUAUUAUGCUUCCUUUA